AUGAGUGAAGUUAGAGAAAUUGAAGAGUUUGAAAAUAAUUCCAAGACUAUCAUAAAGGAGGAGCAAGAUGAGGAAUUAGAGACUCAAGAAGAAAUAAAGGUGUCAGAUUUUAGUCUAGACGCCUCAGAUGGUCCAUUCUCGUUAUUACCUAUUAUCGAAGAUCUAUCGGGAAAGCUGAAUUAUACAUGCUGUGAAUCAUACGCAGAGCAUAUCUACUUAGGGACAGAAACAGGUGAAUUGCUCCAUUAUUUUGAAAUUGAAACUGGGAAUUAUUUUCUUGUAUCAAGAAUAAAAUUAGACGACUCUAAAGCUGAACCAAUAGACAAAAUUAUCUUACUUCCAUCAAUUGAGAGAGCAGGUGUUUUAAGUCAAGGGAUUUUGACACUUUUUUUACUCCCAGAGUUUGCACCAGUUCCAAAUUCAAAAUGCUUAAGGAGCAUAAACGAUGUUCAAAUUAUUAAGAAUAAUAUGAUAAAUAGUAUAAUGGUUUUUUUUUUAGAUCAUAGCGCAAUAUAUCAAGUUUCUAGCAGUUCCUUCAAUUUAUUAAAAAAGUUUGAUAACCUAUGUGAUGUUAGAAAAGCCUUAAUUAAAAAAGAUAAAUUGAUUUUAGCCCAACGUAAUGAGUACAUGAUAUUUGAUAUGUUAGCAAAUAAAGAAGUUCCGUUAUUUAAAGUAUCUGAGACCGAUAGUGCUCCUAAUGAAAUUGGUAGUAAUGGCUUAAUACCAAUUAUUGCAGAUUUUAGUUCGAAAGAGGUAUUGGUUUGUUCAGGUGGUUCAUCAUACGAAAAUGAAGCUAUGGCUCUUGUGAUAAAUUUGGAUGGUGAUAUUACUCAAGGAACAAUUGCAUUAAGGAAUUAUCCAAGAGAUAUCGUUGUUUUUUUCCCUUAUGUGAUGGUGAAUAUUGAUUUUCAAGAAAUAGAUAUCUUCAAAUUAGUAAGCAAUGAAAAUCCAAUUCUGAUACAGACUAUAAAAUAUAAUAAUAUCAAUAAUGAACGAUUGACGGAUAUUCGACUAAUGUUUAACAAAGUGAAUAAAUUCUUCCAUAGUGAUGCUUAUCUAACAAAUGCAGAUGACAAAAGAUUACAAAAAAUAGAUCAAAUAAUAGAUAAAUUAAGGUCUUCUCCACUAGUAAUAUCAAAUAAUAAAUUAAACAUGGAUGUUAUCAAGGAAAGCCCUCCUACUACUGUAGAGUAUCGAAUAGAUAGAGAGAAGGCAUUUAUUAAAGAUAUUAUCAAUUUCAGCACAAAUUUAAUAUUUUAUGAUAAUUUUGCUGUAUACGAAACUUUCCAAAUGCCAUUUUUUAUGGAGAUUAAAAAUUAUAAUGAAAUUCAAAUAGUAAAUAUCGAAAAGUAUUUGACUUCCAACAGUAACAAUGCUCAAUUAAAUAGAAUUCAACAAGUAGAAAUAAAAUACUUGAAGUUAUUGCACCAUCUGCUAGUACUGUUGCAUUGUGAUAUAAUUGAUAAAAAUUCUAUUAAGCUAUGGUGUUGGGAUAUGAAAUAUAUUGAUAUAAGAAUAUUAUUAUAUUUGUUUGAUCUAAUAAUACUGGGGGAAUGUUGGUGUCCUAACGGGUUAUUAUCUUUUAUAAAUAAAUUAAAAUCUUUAAAGGUAAUCAAUAAAUUAAGUUCACAAUCAGAAAUCUUGGAGUAUUUAAAAAUCAUGAAACAAUAUCUUAUUAAGAAAUAUUCUAACGAUAAAGAUUUCAUUGAAUAUAAUAUUAUAAUGAUAACACUUGAUGUGAAUAUUUUUAUGCAACAAUUAAACUCUAAAAUUAAAAUUAAUUUAGAUGAUUUCGAAGAGAUAAGUUUAAAUGCAAUUAUUAAGACAAUUAAAGACAAUAAUACGAUUGAGCAAAAAUCCUUAUUGACAGAAAUAUACAUAAAACAAGGCAUGGUUGACGAUGUAAUUGCAAUUUUAAAGGAAGAUAAAAAAUACUUAAAUUUACUCAAUUUUUUAAUAAAAAACGUUGACAACUUGACAAAUGAUUAUAAACAAAACAAUAUUUUAACUGAUCUUGCUACAAUUAUUACAAAUGAGUCUUUUGAUGGUAAUCAUAGUGAUAAGAAUAAAAAUGAUAAUGAAAUAAUAAAAAAAACUUUAAAACUGAUGUCAGAUAUUCAUAUAGAUUAUCACGCUAUUUUAGAUUUAAUAGAUAAUAUCAGUUUAAAAGUCCAUAUACUUGAAAUUAUAGGCAUUGAAGAUAGACAAGACAAAGGUUUUUUAAUGGAUUAUUACAUUGGAAAGAUGUACGAGAUAAUCAUUAAGGAAGCUUUAUCAGGCGCUUUUGAAAAAAUUGUUAAUGAAUAUCGUGAUGAUUUAAAUUAUAGUAAACCAAACAUUUUGGAAUAUCUCAGGUGCAAGUUCAAGUAUGAUUCAAAAUUUUCCAGAUUUCAGACUCAAUAUGAGCGUAUCAUUAAACUUUGUAAAGGUGAUGAUCAUUUAUCGAAUCAAUUAUAUGAACAUAUAAUAAAAUUUAGUAAAGACGACAAUUAUACACAUGAUAUUUUAGUAAUUUUAUUCUUUUUUGAUUAUGAAGAUAGAAAUGUUCACAAGAAAUUAGUUUGUCAUCAUUUAAACGAUAAACAACUUUUAAAUCAGGCAUUGAAAUAUAAUGAUUUCAAAGAAGUUGAUAAAAGGAUAGAUAAAUUUAACAUACUAGAAGUUUUAAGAUGGAUAACAAAUAUAGCAAAAAUUCCUUAUUCUAGUGAAUUAAUUUGUAAAAUUUUAAUUAAGCAUCGACAAAUCUAUGAAAAUAAUAAGUCUCUGAUACUUGAAAUGAUUCGGGAUAUAAUUCCAAAGGAAUCGCCAGUUGCAAUUAUAUCACCAUUCCUUAUAUCUGUAUUAAACCAAGAAAAGUCAUUAGCAGAGGAUGUUACAAUUAAAAAGAUGCUUUUGAAAAGUGAAUUAAAUAGGUUCAAUGAAGUUUUAGGCAUCGUGGAUAAGAUAGAGGAUUAG